AUGGCAACGGCGCUUCUAUUUCAAUCGAUCCUGGAAGCCCUAAUUCUACAAGUAGGUGAGUUGGAGACUGCAAAGAAGGUUUGGGAUGCAAUUAAAGCUCGACACGUAGGUGCAGACAGAGUGCGAGAAGCGAGACUACAAACUCUUAUGGCUGAGUUUGAUCGUCUUAAGAUGAAGGACAACGAGAGCAUUGAUGAAUUUACUGGUAAAUUGUCUGAAAUAUCGACAAAAUCAGCGGCAUUUGGAGAAAACAUGGAAGAAUCUAAACUCGUAAAGAAAUUCUUAUCGAGCAUACCCAGAAAAAAGUAUAUCCACAUAGUCGCAUCGCUUGAACAAAUCCUCGAUCUCAAGACGACUAGCUUUGAAGAUAUCAUAGGUCGCUUAAAAACCUAUGAAGAACGGAUAUGCGAUGAAGAAGAAGAACAUCAAGACAAUCAACAAAGAAAAUUAAUGUACACUAACAUGGAGUCUCAAUCACACCAAGAGUAUUAUAAUGGUUAUAGAGGAAGAGGUCGAGGAGGUCGUGGCUACUAUAGAGGGAGAGGACGAGGUCGCUCGUAUUGGGACAGAAAAGAUGCAUCCAGAGUAACCUGUUUCAGGUGUGAUAAGAUAGGACACUUCGCUGCAACAUGUCCAGACAGAUUGCUUAAGCUCUCUGAGGCACAAGAAAGUAAAGAAGAUGACACACAAGAGGCUGAUAAAUUAAUGAUGCAUGAAGUGGUCUAUCUUAAUGAAAGAAGCGUGAGACCUAAGGAGUUUGAAUCAAGCAUGGAUGGAGAUAAGAUUUGGUACCUGGACAACGGUGCUAGCAAUCAUAUGACAGGAAACAAAAGCUACUUCAAGAGCAUCGACGAAACCGUUACAGGAAAGGUAAGGUUCAGGGAAGGGUUCCAUCUUGUUCAUCACCCAAGCCGGCAAACAAAAACUCCUGUCUGA